AUGGCAGCGAUUGCUGUCAUGGGUAGAUAUCCCAUCCAGGAGGUGAUCUCGGUCAACGUGAUUGCUGUGAUCGGUGGCGUCUACAUCUGUAGCUGCUACGGUCCACCUGGGUGGUCGCCGGAGCAGUUCGAUCGGAUGUUAGACGUGCUUACCGACGAGCUCGCGGGCCGUAAGCCGCAAGGCAAAUGCAACUUCAACAGAAAUUUCGCUAUUACCAACAUCAGCGAAUGGGCCAUUAUGCCGAAAAACGAAGCUGCACUGGCGUUCACCCUUUGGAGAAUAGGUCCCAUUGCCGUAAGCUUGAAUGCCUCACCGAAAUCGUUUCAAUUGUACAAGAGCGGCAUUUACGAUGACGCCGUAUCCUGCGACAAUACAAAAAUAAAUCACGCCAUGCUGCUGGUAGGAUAUGCGCCGACCUACUGGAUACUGAAAAACUGGUGGGGAAGCUGGGGCGAGGGAGGCUACAUGAAGUUGGCUCGGGGCAAAAACAUGUGCGGCAUCAGCAAUUUUGCAGCUUACGUCACAAUCUAG